CAGAAGCCGGAAGUAACGAGGGAGUGGAACUUCUUGAUAUAUUAGAUAGCUAAUGUUCGAUUAAAUGUAUCCGAGGCUAACGUUAAUGUUGCGGCAGUUAACUAUAAAAUGAACGUUAGCUUAUGAUAGCUAGUUUUACUAGCUAACACGCCAGUUCAUUUAAAAAACGCGUCACAGAGUCCCUGUCAGACCAGAUCUGCACCUCUUUGCCAGACCUCUGUUGAUAUGGCCACCCACCGAACGCACUUCAGCUGCUCAUUGCAGGAGCUGCGCUCCCUCAUGGAGCUAAGAGGAGAAGAGUCAGUGACCAGGAUCAAGGAGAAAUACGGAGAUGUUAACGUACUGUGUGCCAGGCUAAGAACGUCACCUGUUAAAGGUUUAGAUGGAACAUCGGAGGACAUCGUCAGAAGGAGAGAAGAGUUUGGCCAGAACUUCAUCCCUCCACAAAAACCUAAAACAUUUGUGGAGCUAGUGUGGGAAGCACUGCAGGAUGUCACCCUGAUCAUCCUGAUGCUGGCAGCCAUCUUUUCACUGGCCCUGUCGUUCAACCACCCGCCCACGCAUAUACGACAAAACUGUGGCAAAGCGUCUGGUGGCGUGGAGGAUGAAGGUGAGGCAGCAGCUGGAUGGAUCGAAGGCGCUGCCAUCCUGCUGUCGGUGGUCUGCGUGGUCCUGGUGACAGCCUUUAACGACUGGAGCAAAGAGAAGCAGUUCCGCGGCCUCCAGAACCGCAUAGAGCAGGAUCAGAAGUUCACAGUUAUCCGAGGGGGGCAGGUGAUCCAGAUCAAAGUGUCCGAUAUUGUCGUUGGAGACAUUGCGCAAGCCAAAUACGGUGACCUCCUCCCUGCUGAUGGCAUCCUAAUUCAGGCCAAUGAUUUGAAGAUUGAUGAGAGCUCUCUGACUGGAGAGUCGGAUCACGUCAAGAAGAGUGUCAACAAAGACCCCAUGUUGCUGUCAGGCACCCAUGUGAUGGAGGGCUCUGGCAAGUUGUUGGUCACCGCUGUAGGUGUGAACUCUCAGACAGGAAUCAUCUUAACACUGCUUGCUGCUUGUGGAGAUGAGAAGAAUGACAAAACAAAAAAAACCCAGGUUGCACCCAUGGUAGAGAUGCAACCGCUUAACGAGGAGAAAGAACCAGACAAGAAGACGACGCCACCAAAGAAGGAGAAGUCUGUUCUUCAGGGGAAGCUGUGCAAAAUGGCUAUGCAGAUCGGCAAAGCAGGUCUGAUCGUUGCAUCUCUCACUGUUGCCAUCCUCAUCAUUCGCUUCCUGAUCGAUACCUUCUUGAUUGAGAGGGUCCUCUGGUCCAACAAUUGUCUGCCCAUCUAUGGGCAGUUCUUGGUCAAGUUCUUCAUCAUCGGCGUGACGGUGCUGGUGGUGGCAGUGCCUGAAGGUCUUCCUCUGGCCGUCACCAUCUCCCUGGCCUAUUCAGUCAAGAAAAUGAUGAAGGACAACAAUUUGGUUCGCCACCUGGAUGCCUGUGAGACGAUGGGCAACGCCACGGCCAUCUGCUCUGACAAGACGGGCACGCUCACUAUGAACCGCAUGACGGUGGUGCAGACAUACAUUGCUGGACACUACUACGAGAAGUUGCCAAAGCCGGACCAGAUCCCUGCCCUGAUCCUGGACCUGCUUGUCCAGGGCAUCGGGGUCAACUGCGCCUAUACCAGCAAGAUUAUGCCACCAGAGAAGGAGGGCGGGCUGGCUCGCCAGGUAGGAAACAAGACGGAAUGUGCUCUACUGGGAUUUUGCCUCAACCUGCACCGAGACUACCAGACCGUCCGCAGCAAAAUUCCAGAAGAGAAGCUGUUCAAGGUCUACACCUUCAACUCUGCGAGGAAGUCCAUGAGCACCGUGCUAAAGAACCAUGAUGGCAGCUAUCGAAUGUACACCAAGGGGGCUUCUGAGAUCCUGCUCAGGAAGUGCUGUGAGAUCCUGGUAGAGCCCGGCAAGGCCAAAGCCUUCAAACGUCAGGACCAAGAAAACCUGGUGAAGAAGGUGGUUGAGUCGAUGGCGUCAGAGGGCCUAAGGACCAUCUGCCUCGCCUACAGGGACUUUCCUACCUCUGACGGAGAGCCUAACUGGGAAGACGAGGUCGGCAUCCUCACCAACCUAACCUGUAUUGCACUGGUUGGCAUUGAGGAUCCUGUACGACCUGAGGUACCAGAAGCCAUCAGACAGUGCCAGCGGGCUGGGAUCACUGUCCGCAUGGUGACCGGAGACAAUAUCGAUACUGCCCGGGCCAUCGCCAUCAAAUGUGGCAUCUUGCAACCUGGAGACAACUUCCUGUGUAUGGUGGGCAAAGAGUUCAACCAACGGAUCCAGAACAGCCGGGGAGAGAUUGAGCAGGAGCGUAUUGAUAAGAUUUGGCCAAAUUUGAGAGUCCUCGCCAGAUCAUCUCCAACGGACAAACACACUCUGGUCAAAGGUAUGAUCGACAGCACCGUGCUGGAGCAGAGGCAGGUUGUUGCGGUAACUGGAGACGGAACAAACGACGGCCCCGCCCUCAAGAAAGCAGAUGUUGGCUUCGCCAUGGGCAUUGCAGGGACGGAUGUGGCAAAGGAGGCUUCUGACAUCAUCCUGACAGACGAUAACUUCCGAAGCAUCGUGAAGGCUGUGAUGUGGGGCAGAAACGUCUACGACAGCAUUGCCAAGUUCCUGCAGUUCCAGCUCACAGUCAAUGUGGUCGCCGUCAUCGUGGCCUUCAUGGGAGCCUGCAUCACCCAGGACUCUCCUCUGAAAGCUGUGCAGAUGUUGUGGGUCAACCUCAUCAUGGACACCUUCGCUGCACUGGCUCUCGCCACCGAGCAGCCAACCGAGGAGCUGCUGCUCAGGAAACCGUACGGUCGCGACAAGGCGCUCAUUUCCCGCACCAUGAUGAAGAACAUCCUGGGACACGCCGUCUACCAGCUAGCCGUAAUCUUCACCUUGCUCUUCUAUGGUGAGAAGCUGUUUGACGUUGACAGUGGCAGGGACGCCCCCAUCCACGCCCCGUCCUCUGAGCACUACACCAUCGUGUUCAACGUGUUCGUUCUGAUGCAGAUCUUCAACGAGAUCAAUGCCCGCAAGAUUCACGGCGAGAGGAAUGUGUUUGAGGGCAUCUUCAACAACGUCAUCUUCUGCUCUAUCCUCGUGGGAACCUUUGUCGUACAGAUCAUCAUUAUUCAGUUUGGUGGUAAACCAUUCAGCUGUGUUUGUCUGGCCAUCGAUCAGUGGCUAUGGUGUGUCUUCCUGGGUUUCGGCAGCCUCUUGUGGGGACAGCUGGUAACCAGUUUCCCCACUAGCUGGCUGAAGUUCCUGAGGCUGCCAGGUCAAGGCACGCAGCAGGAGAAGAUCCCUGAGGGCGGGCUGGAUGAGACCAAGACUCAGGAAGAGAUCGACCACGCUGAGAAGGAGCAAAUUAACAGAAAGAGGUGGCUCCGCAGCUACAACCGCAUUUUGACGCAGACUCGUGUAGUGGAUGCCUUCAGAGGUCCGGAGAAACCUGAGUCUCGCAACUCCAUCCACAGCUUCAAGAGCAGCCGGGAGUCCUGCAUGGAGGACUCGGUUGCUCAGGUCCCCCUGAUCGACGAAGAUGAUGCUGCUAACAAUGAAGUGGUGUUAUGAAUGGCCAAACACACGUGUGAGCCUCCUUGGAUCCCCUCAGCUUGAGCUCAGAGAGACAGAGGGGCGAGAAGAGAUUCAAAAUAUUUUACGUUAAUGACUUGCAUUUUGUAAAUUGAUCAGUUCCUGUAAAUGACUUGCUUUCGUUGAGUUGAAGUCACAGCAUGGAGAUGCAAUUAACCUUCUUGUAGUUGUAAAUGUCGUAGCUGGACUUAAAGUUCUUGUUUUGUUUUGUUAUUUUGGCAUUUCUGUGACCUCUACUAAGGGUACACUUAACUUUGUAUACAAAAAGGGUUUGCCUAAAUUUGGGGGGGAAAUGCUAAGUUGAUAGUUUUGUGUUAAACUGACAGAAAAAGUCACAGGGUGGUGAUUAACUUUCUUGUAGUUGUAAAAGAGCUGAGACCCAUGGGUAUUAAAUGUAAUAGCUGGCCUUGAAGUUUUUUUUUUAUGGUCACUGUUGGGAAUAACCCAUAAAAAGCUCAGAUUUAAAUGUUACGGAUGGCAUUUUAGAUAAAAUAAUUAACUGUAACAUUGAAACCCUUGAAUAUCCUCAAUAAUAUGAACUGUGAUACUUUUAGUUUUGUUACCAUCUUUUAAAAUAAAAGCAAACUUUCAAACAGGAAGACCCGCUGAUGAUUGGAAAACAGGAAAAAUAAAU